GGGAGACAUAACUGCAAGCAUCGAAUUUAAUAAAAAAAAUAUUCUCGAAAAAUCAGAAAAACAAAUAAAAGCAAGUGCCGCUACAGUUAUAUUACAAAAUUCUGAAGAAAAAAAGAUUGUAACUUUUAACCUCAAGAGUGUAAGUUAUAACAAAUUACGCAAGGAAUUAACAAAAGUAACAGCUGAAAGAGGAACAAUUAAAUCCCAUGUUCAUAAACUUAAAGGAAAAAUGGAAAACCUGACUAUAGAUUUAGAAUUUAUAC